AUGACGAUCCUCGUAAUUUUCCUCCUGUUCCGUGGGAGCCACGGUGGUUUUCAAUCUCCUGACCCAGUAGCGCUCAGCCGUGCCCUCUUUGGAAGCCCUUGUGACUGCGGCGGGGGCACGUUCACUGUCCGUCCCGCCACCUACACGCAAGAAGUGGACUGCGGGGAAAAGACAGCCUACCUCGCCUACCGUCAUUCUAUCACGGGCGUCUCCAAACCCAAGUGGGAAUGCGUAAGGAAGCCCCGAGUUAUCCCUCCGAAUGGUGGCCAGCCCGGGCCUUGCCCCAGUGAUUGCAACUACCUUGAGGCCUUGCACUCCACAUGCUAUAGUUCUACCCAGCAGUGCAGUGGCAGCUCAGGAACAGUCUAUCUUACUACAAUACAGGAAAGAGAAUAUGGUGGCUCCACAGGAGGGGACUGGGCGCAUAUAACUAGCCAAGGCCUACGUGGAAGUACCAAUAAGUAUGCUCAGGCUUCCUGUCGUAAAGAAAAUAUUGGAAAAAAUGUCUGUUGGCCCCUUCAUGCACCUGUCCAUAUCUCUGAUGGGGGUGGCCCUACAGACCAAAUUAGGGAACAUGAGGUUAGGGAACGAAUAAAUGAAAUAAUUAAGAGUAUGUAUCCCCCCAUCCAUUACCAUCCACUUGCACUGCCCAAACCCCGGGGAACGGACCUAGAUGUCCAAACUUCAGAAAUCCUUGAAGCAACACUUAAGGCCCUUAAUUACUCUAACCCUGAUUUGGCUGCCGAUUGCUGGCUGUGUAUGGCCCUUGGCACACCUAUGCCCAUAGCUUUGAUUCAAAAACUAUACCUCACAGGAACCUCUCUGUCCCCUGCCGGGACAACUUUUCGCCUGUGGGGGAAAUAUGGCCUACUCUGCUCUCCCCAGAAUUGGACAGGACUCUGCACACAAAUUUCAAUCCUCCCUGAUAUCGACAUCAUUCCGGGAGAUGAGCCUGUCCCACUGCCCAGUUUUGAUUAUAUUACUGGAAGACCCAAGAGGGCUGUUGCAUUUAUCCCCCUCCUUGUUGGCCUUGGGAUUACAGGGGCACUCGCUACCGGCUCUGCCGGCAUAGGAGUUGCUGUUGAUUCAUAUACAAAACUAUCCCAUCAAUUUCUUAAUGAUGUGCAAACCCUCUCGGGGACGAUAAAUGACCUUCAAGACCAAAUUGACUCCCUGGCGGGAGUCGUUCUUCAGAAUAGGAGGGGCCUAGAUUUACUCACGGCAGAACAAGGGGGAAUUUGCUUAGCCCUACAAGAAAAAUGUUGCUUCUAUGCAAAUAAAUCUGGGAUAGUGCGGGAUAAAAUCAAAAAACUGCAAGAGGAUCUGAUUGAAAGACGCAGAAAACUUUUUGAAAAUCCCCUCUGGAGUGGCUUGAAUGGAGUCCUCCCAUACCUCCUCCCUCUUCUUGGACCUUUAAUUGGUCUCCUCCUACUUUUUUCUUUUGGACCUUGGGCCUUUACCAGACUAACCUCUUUCAUUAAGACGCAGAUUGAGGCUUCUCUUAAAAACACCGUCAAUAUCCAUUACCACCAACUUGCUUCGUCAGAAGAUCCUACUGAUACCAUGGAAGAGGGUCUCCAGUUCUCGAAGCUCGUGCAUCCGGAAUCUCGCUGCUCGCGGUGGUGGAGAAAUAUUAAGGAUAAAAAGUGAUCUGGCAGCUGUGAGAGAGCCCAUGACGGGAAUAUUGAGGUCCCAUGUUUCAAAAAAAAAGAUCAGCGCGGCUGCAGUUGUUUCCCCAUGACGGGAAUAGAGUGAGGCCAUGAUGGGUUACAUCGUGGGGUCCCCUCGCUUAGCCUAAGACAGGGACCACUGCCACUAAUGCGCUUUGAACAUGGAGGCCGACCUCAUAGCCUAAGACAGGCCUCUCACCUGCUAUUUUAAAUACAAAAUGGGGGACAUGCUGGAGGCCAGCACCUGGUAGUGGGCCCCUAACCCCGUGAGAUUACCACACCCCAAGCAGCUUGUUCCGGGACAAACCGGACAAACAAGAUGUUGCCACACCGCCCCUGGAAAGUCCCGGAGGCCCAUUUUCCCCUUUUGCCCCUCCCCGCUUUUGCCCUAUAUAAGCUUGUAACGCUCAAAAAUAAAAUUAGACCUUGCCUACCAUC